GUUGCUUUCACCCUGAACAUGAGAGUGCACGGCUGUGUGGAUAAAGCAGGCUGUAGGAAAGGAUCAGUCUUGAGUCCAGGUUAAGGGGUGUUCAGGAUAAAAAAAGGAUGGGUUGAACUUUGGAAAUACUUUCUCCUCAAAAGCCUGGAGACCAUGGAAGCUAAAAGGGUCUUUCAUUUUGUCCCAUCUGAGCCUCCAUCCACCAGAAAGUCGACAAAUAAAUAUGGUUUCCAAGAAAUGGAGCUGCAGAAUGAGGAGCAGGAGGACUCACCUGCCACCAACAAGGAGCACUUUUAUGACAACAGCAUCCAGAUCUGUGUUUCAGAUGCUGAAAGUUCUGGAUUUGCGCUUCUAAACACAAAAAGAAAGUAUGUUAAGCCUAUGAACUUCGAAGAAGAAGUGCGCGCUCACAGAGACAUCGACAGCUUUCUGGCCCAGGCAAGCAUCCUUCUGGAUGAGAAGGCUUCGACUUUGGAUGAAGUCUUGAGGCGAAUGAUAGCCCACCUGGCAGAGGUGGGCUGCAGCUGUGAUGUGGAUGAGGUGAUGAAUACUCUAUUCACAGAUGAAGGAGGGAAGGAGAGUAAUGUUCACCUUCUGUCAGAGACCAUUCAGGGUGUCACUGCUACUGCCACUGGAGUUCAUUAUCAGCAAUCCUGGCUCUGUAUCCUCUCAACUGUGAAGAAUCUGCAAAGACGUCACGUUUGCAUCACCCGUUUGGACAAGCCUCAGAACUGGGGAGUCAACUGUGCUGAAGCCCGCUAUGUUAUUCUCAUUCUCGCCCCGCCUCUAACGAAAAGCACCAAAACAGCUAUUGAACUUGGCCGAACAUUUGCCACAAUGUUCUCUGACAUUUCCUUCAGAGAGAAGCUUUUAGACCCAAGAACCCAGGACGACUUCAAGCAGGAGCUUGUGACCCAGCGACACCUGCUUUCUGAAGUCAAGGCGAAUCCCAUUGUGGAGGAAGUGGAAGAGUCUGAUCCGCGGAGGGGAAAACCGCUUGAGUGCAGAGACUUCUUCAAAGCUGGCAGAGGCGUAUACAAGGACCUCCGCCGCAGACUGCCCUUAUACCCCACAGACUUCACAGAUGGCAUAACCGGGAAGGACCGCUGUCUAGUGAAGUACACCACUACUGCGAUUUUCCUCUACAUUGCCAUUCUGCUGCCUGCUAUUGCCUUUGGCUCACUGAACGAUGAAAGCACCAGGGGAGAAAUAGAUGUUCAGAAAACUAUUGUUGGCCAGAGCAUUGGGGGAGUCAUCUAUUCCCUGUUUGCUGGUUCCCCACUAGUCAUCCCUCUGACCACUGCGCCAUUGGCUAUCUUUAUAAGCGUCAUCAGAGGAAUAUGUGAUGACUACAAUCUCGACUUUGAUGCUUUUUAUGCCUGCAUUGGUUUAUGGAACAGUUUCUUUCUCAUCCUUGGAGGUUUAUUUAAUGUCAGCCUGCUGAUGAAACUCUUCAAACGCUCCACAGAAGAAGUCAUUGCAUUGUUUAUCUCCAUAGCAUUUGUUGGAGAUGCUAUUAAAGGCACCAUCAAAAUUUUUGAGCACUACUUCCAUGGGCCCAUACUGGCGACCACAAACAGCUCUGUAGUCCUGCAGCAGAUUAAUGAGAUUCUGGAAAAGGCGAAUAACCAGACGCCACUUGUGAUGGAGCAUCACAAAGGGAAUAUGUCACAACUUGAACGAGCAGAAGCACAAGUGUUGGUCUUUCUGCCUGAAACGUUGGUGAUCUGCACGAGAGAAAGGCCUAUCCUCUGUCUGCUGCUCAUGCUGGGCACUCUGUGGCUGGGUUAUGCUCUCUACCUGAUAAAGAGGAGCCCGUACCUGAAUGACAAAAUCAGAGAGGUGGUGUCUGACUGCGCUUUACCCAUCUCUGUGGUGGUAUUUUCCUUCAUCGGCUCUUACCUGUUCAUUGACAUACAGCUCCCUGUGUUUAACGUCCAUGAUGGUCCAAUCUUCAAGUAUCCUGAGUUUGAAAAGCUGUCAGGAAUGGCUGCGCUGAGCGCGGUCGGGCUGGGUUUUCUCCUUGCACUGCUAAUCUUCAUCGACCAGAACAUUGUCAUCUCUCUCACUCAUGUCCCAGAACACAAGCUGCUAAAAGGCACAACGUUCCACUGGGACUUGGUGCUGACUGGUUUCAUCAACAUCCUCAUGUCCUGUCUGGGGUUGCCAUGGAUGCACGCUGCCUUCCCACAUUCCUCCCUGCACGCCCGCCAGCUCGCCAAAGUGGAACACCACUUAGAGAACGGACAUCUCCACACAACCAUUGUCAGCGUGAAGGAGACUCGCCUGACCUCUCUGGUGGCAAACAUCCUGAUCGGCCUGUCUGCGUUCAUGCUGCCCAUUCCGCUGCAGUGGAUCCCAAAGCCCGUCCUGUACGGCCUCUUCCUGUACGUGGCGGCCACUUCGCUUGAUGGAAACCAGAUGGUUGACCGCAUGACCCUGUUGCUAAAGGAACAGACUUCAUAUCCGCCCACCCAUUACAUCCGCCGUGUGCCUCAGAGGAAAGUGCACUACUUCACUGCACUGCAGAUGAUCCAGCUCGUCAUUCUGUGUGCUUUUGGCAUGUACCCUCUGCCCUACAUGAAGAUGGUCUUUCCCCUUCUGAUGAUCCUGCUGGUCCCUGUCAGAACCGGACUGCUCCCCAGACUGAUUGAUGCCAAGUACCUGGACAUCAUGGACUCUCAGUAUAUAUAAAAGGACUGAAGAUGGAAUAAAAGAAGGGAACAGAAACACAUUCUUAAUGCAAUGUUCUUGGACUGCUAAAUUUUAUUUGGAACACAUUAAUUACUGAAAACGAUAUGCUUUUCUUUGUUUUCUGAUAAUUAUGGAUUCAUACUUGUAACUGGAUUUUUUUUUAAUUGCUACAGUCGUGCAUCGUUUUUAUUAACACUGGUAGUUUGGAGAUCACAUAUACAUGCAGAUGAGUCUGUGUCACUAAGAAUGUAAUAUACAGACACAAAGCAUUUUGUGACACGUCCUGCACUGACAGAGAAUAUCAUCAGAACACUGUUUAUGUCACAAUAAAUGGAAAAAGUUCA